CGCGGGCGGCGGCCGCAGCCCGUGGGCGGGCGGCUCGGGGCCGCUCUCGCUCCUCCUCCUCCGCCGCCGCCUCCGCCUCCUCCGCCGCCGCCUGGCAGCGCGGUGGCGGCGGGCAGGCUCCGGCCGUGGCCCCGCAGAGCCGGGCAGAGCCAAACCGAGCCAAACCGAGCCGUGCCGAGCCUCCCCCUGCCUCCCCCCGCCUCCCCCCUGCCGCGAUGUCGGGCGCGGCGCCCGGCGCCCCCAAGCCGCUGCCGUCCUCCGGGCCGAAGUCGCUGCGGGAGAUGCCGCAUCCCCUGGCCACCUCCAGCAGCGAGGAGAUGGGGCCGGCGCUCAGCCCCAGCCCCGACCUGCUGCUGCCCCGCGGCGCCGCCGACAAGGAUCUUAGUCUACCCAAUGGCACACCUGUUGACACGUCUAGCCCAGCCUCCUCCUCAUCUCUUCUCAACAGACUACAGUUGGAUGAUGACUUGGAUGGGGAAACUAGAGACCUGUUUGUUACUGUCGAUGAUCCCAAAAAACACGUGUGCACAAUGGAGACGUACAUCACAUACAGAGUUACAACAAAGACCACACGAGCAGAGUUUGAUUUGCCAGAGUAUUCUGUGCGUCGGCGGUACCAAGACUUCGACUGGUUGAGAAACAAGCUGGAAGAGUCUCAGCCAACGCAUCUCAUUCCCCCACUUCCUGAGAAAUUUGUGGUGAAGGGUGUCGUUGAUCGCUUUUCUGAAGAGUUCGUGGAGACAAGGAGGAAAGCGUUAGACAAAUUCUUGAAGAGAAUAACCGAUCAUCCAGUGCUUUCUUUUAAUGAGCACUUCAACGUGUUUCUUACUGCCAAGGAUCUUAAUGCAUACAAAAAGCAAGGAAUGGCAUUGCUGUCAAAGAUGGGGGAGUCAGUCAAAUACGUCACAGGAGGCUACAAAUUAAGAAGUCGUCCACUGGAAUUUGCAGCCAUUGGAGAGUAUCUAGACACAUUCUCUCUAAAACUUGGUACCAUUGACAGAAUAGCACAACGGAUUAUCAAGGAACAAUUGGAAUACUUGGUGGAACUACGAGAAUAUGGACCUGUUUAUUCAACGUGGGGCGGGCUGGAGGUAGAACUAUCAGAGCCACUGGAAGGAGUAUCUGCCUGCAUUGGGAACUGCUGCACAGCUCUUGAAGAACUCAGUGAAGAUAUGACAGAAGAUUUCCUGCCUGUGCUUAGGGAAUAUAUACUGUACUCGGAGUCAAUGAAGAACGUGUUGAAGAAGAGAGACCAAGUUCAAGCGGAGUACGAAGCAAAACUGGAAGCAGUAGCCUUGAAAAAAGAAGACCGUCCAAAGGUACCCACAGAUGUUGAGAAAUGUCAAGACCGAGUAGAAUGUUUUAAUGCUGACCUGAAAGCAGAUAUGGAGAGAUGGCAGAACAACAAGCGACAAGACUUUAGGCAGCUACUCAUGGGGAUGGCAGAUAAAAACAUCCAGUACUACGAGAAGUGCCUUACGGCGUGGGAGUCAAUUAUACCACUAUUGCAAGACAAGCCAGAGACCAAAUGAGAAGUACCUUCAUGGACAGCCUAGCACUUCCGUGCUCAGUACCACUAGACAUACUGGAACUGUGUGAAGGACUCUUCUUUGUCACAUUAACUGAAAAGCCAGCUGUGCUGAAGCUGGAACAGACCCUCUGAAAACUAUUCAAAUUUUUCCUCAUUUUCUGUUUAAACUGGGGUAUGUUUCAUCUUUCUGAGUUAUCUUGAAUGGUUCCUUCUCUAUCCUAUGGAGUGAUAUGGGGCUUAUAGUGAAAGUGCAUGGGGAUCAUAAAACUUACCUCUUUAGUCUGGAAGGAACUGAUGAGUAGAACACUAAAAAGAUGAAAAUAAAACUCUACUGCAAGGUGCCAAAUGACAUCUUUAUUACCUUUCUGUUUUGUUUGCUGAAAAGGUAAUAGUUCCCAUGAUACAGUACCCCCUAACCAAUCCUUAUCUCUUUUUUUGGAUGGAGAGGGAAAGAGUGGGAUUGAAUAUUUUCUGGUUUGCUACCACCGACGUAUGCUCCCGUUAAAGGGUUUCUGGAGACUUUUCUGUGUGGGAGUUGGGCUGGUCCUAGACAGAGCAUACUGACACCACCUGCACAUAGCCUGUGAUACAAGCAUGAACUGUGGUUUUUGUGAGUGUGGCAUGCUGUUGGUUCAUACUGAGUAUCUUUGUUUACCUUGGUGAUUAUGAAGUAAUGUCAGUUGGCUGAAGUGUACUUGUGACCGAUGUGGGGAUCAAAAUCAGCCUGGGUGUGGGAGUGAAUUGAACAGCAGCCUUUCAGGGCUUACGGGAAUGGUGGAAACAAAUACGAGUUUUUGGUAUGUAUUUUCUAAAGGUAGCUCUGGAAGUUGCAUGGUAGAAUUCUCUUGAACCAUGCUACCAUUUCUUUUUUGUUUCAUUUUUCCUGAACUACAGCCUCUGUGGGCUUGGUUACUUCAGGUGCCUGCUGUGGUAAAGAAGGUAGAACUGUUUUCUCUCCCUGUUGGUUUUUUUUUUUUUUUUUUUUUUCAUUUUUCUUCAGUAGCAAUCAAAAGCCAAAAAGUGUCAAAUGCUUGCCUGCAGCAAGCAUCAUUGUGUGUGUGAAACUUGCCUUAAACAGGUCCGUGGGGGUAGAUAGGUAUCCUAUCAGGUACACAUAGUGUCCAGAACUAUCUCUACUGAACCACAUGGCAAGUCUUUUAAGACUUCUUUUGGUACAGAUCUAUUUUCCUAGUAGUUUUUAUUGGCCCUUAGAAAUGUAACUGCUUCUGCAAGUCCCUUCUCUUUUCUCUUGCAGUCCAGCCUCAAAUAAAUGCCUGCUUAGUGUUAAUGGCCUUAGUAGAGGAAUGCUUUCCUGAUGGGUUUCAGAGUCAUGGUUUAACAGCAUGCAGAUAAAACUCCUUUUAUCCAUCCAAAGUGAGGAAGCUAAUACCAGGGUAGUGUUGGGAUUUGGGGGAAUAAAUAACAUGGAGUUCUUACUGCUAAACUUGAGUGAUUGCUUGGUCUCUGGCAACGUUCUUGUGAAGAAUCUGAAAGGUGACCGGGUAUAUGCAACUUCUGUGUUCUCCUGUGGCUACUUGUCAGGUACACUAAUCUGGAUUGCACUUUGUCCCUUCAUAAACACCAAGUCUGCCUGAAACUCCCCUGCUCAGCACGGUGGCUCUGCAGCAGCUGUCACGGUGAGUUGUUGGUGCAAUGUGGUUGCUGUCGGGCUAAUGAGGUAAUACCCUCCAGGUGCAAAAGCCAGGUUUAAGACAUUUAAGGGGUUUUUCCUUUUUGACUCAACUUCCAUUGACAGUUCUCUGAUAGUUAACCACACUGUGCUUUUUGAUUUAAGUUCACAGCUCAUUGAUGUACACUUCUGUGGUGUAAAGAACUCUAAGUUGCUGUUAGGUUUGGAACAACUAACUACUCCUACUGUGCAAGGGGAAUGCUUAAAGAGAUCAUCUUGAAGCCGUAAACUAGUGUCUUCCUCAAUCUCUCCCUUCUAAAAUAAGCACUUCUAAAUGCAUAACACUUUACAGUUUGACCUUCAGGGUUACAGUCAAUUCCUGUCUUCCCUAUUUCCCACAUACAGAUCAUCAUGCUUUUUUGAGCUGGUGCCUGUGUGGUAACUGAAGCUUUUCAGUUGACUCUGCAACAUGACUGGGAGUCAAGCAAUGCAUAAUUUGAACUUGUAUUUAGACGUUCUUUCUUCCACCUCAUCAAAAAUGUGCAAGAUGAGUGGAGAGAGUGUUGUUUUCCUGCAGGUGCAUAGGUUUCGUCUGAUAUCUUACAACACUGACAUCCCGUUCCCACUUAGUGUUGUGUCAAACUGAAAUGUGGCUUGGUUCUGGGGAAUGUAGGAGUGGACAUCACAGCUGUUCACAAGAAGUGCAAGGGGCAGUGGGGAGUUCCAAGUGAAGUUUACAUGAGUUACUGCUGGAGUGGUUCAAGAUCAGCUUAGAUUUUCUUUAACAUGAUGCCACUGAUAGUGCAUCGUGGUCUCUAAACUACUAUGAGACCAAAGUAUGUGUUGAUUUCAGAUAAAUCCCUUUCUGAUUGAGCUGUUGAAAGGCAAGCAUGAUUUACACUUCCUGGUUGCAAUAUGUAGCUCUGUAGCACCUGCAAGCUAAUUUGGAGGAAAGGCUGGAACAUACACCUCAGGCUGUGGUCACAAACAGGAUUUCUUAUAUUAUCUGGGAAAGUUAAACUUCUCAGACAUCUAUGGAGGAAGUAAAACUUAUGUUCAAAAGAGAAGUCCUCUGCAAGAAUUGCUGUAGUGUAAGACGAGUGUAUAGGGGUGGGUCUUUUAGCUCCUAUGGGUCACUGAGGAGUCUCUAUUAAAAAAAGAAUUGUUGCUGUAAAUACUGGGUAACUGUGGGAGAGACUGGGGUUUGCGGCAGCCGUGCAGAAAGGGAGAACUGCAAAAUAGCAGGAAACUCUUUAAAGGUGUAAAGAGUGCACUUAAUUGGUGUUUGUGUGAGGUUAAGAUCUGAGGUGUUGGUGAAACUCUGACAUGUUAUUGUGUAGUCCUUAUGUGGUGGGUGUCUCUCUCUGAAGUACGCAAACCUUUAUAGUGUGAAAAGCAAAAGAUGUUGGGGAAGGGAAGCAGGAGUAGGGCAGGAGCUUUAUCUUUUGGGUACUGUCUUGAGAGUUCAGUCACUUAUGGUCACCUUCUGUGCAUGCACUGAAAUCAUGAUAAAAGUAGUUGCACCCUUUCAAUGAACCUACUUAAGAUGAGGGUCCUUCAACAGCUCUUAAAUUAGCUUGGCUUCCCACAGCCAAACCAAGAUCCUCGCAGAGGAUGCGUAAUUCACCGCUGUCCUGGUUACUCCUGCAUAACUUUUAGUGUGUUUGUUUCUUCUCUCAACUGGCACCAGCACAACAAAGCAAGCACUGAGAUCUUGUUUUUGUACUCAGUAAGGAGCUGUGCAUUGUUCAUACGUGUUUUUAUCAGGUUUUGACUCUUGCAAUAAACAAAUGUUGAAACAUCACGGCUUUUUCAGGUAUCUGUUGAAAAAUGAAACAGUGAUGAGUGUUAGCCCUAAAGAUACUAACUCUUCAGACGUGAGCUUUAACAAAGAAUAAACUAUGGAUUCUU